CAUAAUAGUCUCCUGAUGCAACACACAGCGCUGCCAGCUGCAGCUCCGCGCCGAUCCCCGCUUUCACUUUCGCUUCUCCUUCCUGCCCCGGGCGGCCGCACUUCGCGGUUUUCGUGCAUCAGCACCCUGAGGACCCACGCUGGAAGAGGUGAAGCCCGCCGAGAUAAAAUUAUGGGAUGUUCUAUUCUUUGCUGGAACAGCUUAUCUUUCAGACUGGUGUCUGUUUGCUUACUGUGUGCAUCAGCUGGAAAGCCAUGUCAGAUCAGAAAUACAAUGGCAGAUUGUAGUCACCUAAAGCUGACACAAAUUCCUUCUGAUCUUCCAAACAACAUAACAGGUUUGGACAUUUCCCAUAAUCAGCUAAAAAAGCUUGUUCCUGAAAAUCUGACCCAGUACAGCAACCUGACUUACUUAAAUGCGGGCUACAACAUCAUCUCUAAACUGCAACCAGGAUUGUGCAAAAAGUUGCCCCUGUUGCAAAUUUUGAAGCUAGAACACAAUCAGUUACAUGAACUCCCUGAUGGAGUGUUUGCUUCCUGCAGCAGCCUGACUGAGCUCAAUCUAGGAUACAACAUCAUUGAAGUAAAAAAUGAACCUUUCAAAACCCUGGAGAACUUGAAUAUUUUGGAUCUAUCUCAUAAUCAUUUGGAGUCAGCAAAUUUAGGAUUGCAGCAACAGCUGAAGAACCUUCGUGAGCUUGUGUUGUACAGCAACCGAAUCACUGAGUUAAAAAAGGAAGACUUAAAAUUUCUUAGCAACACUUCAUUGAAUAGUCUUGAUUUAUCAUCAAAUCCCCUGAAAGAGUUUCACAUAGGAUGUUUACAUGUGAUUGGAAAUCUGUUUGGCCUUAUACUGAACAAUGUUGAACUUGGUGAAAAUCACACAAGGAAACUUUGUACGGAAUUAUCAAACACAGCAAUUCAGAACCUCUCACUAAGCCAUGUGAAGCUUUCACACAUUAACAGGUUAACUCUCCAGGGACUGCAAGGAACAAACCUCACAGUUCUGAACCUUUCAAAAAAUUCUCUCUCUGUGAUAGAGGAUGACUCAUUUCAGUGGCUGUCAAAUUUGGAGUACUUAAACUUGGAGGAUAAUAACAUCAUUAAAGUGUCUUCGCAUUUAUUUUAUGGAUUGUCCAGCAUUAAAUAUCUGAAUCUGAAAAAGUCACUUACUGGGAAAAUUGAAGAUUUUUCCUUCCAAUCGUUAUAUCACCUGGAGUACCUUAUAAUGGAUAAUAACAAUUUCCCACAAAUUACUACUAACACAUUUACAGGUCUGAAAAACCUGAAAUAUCUAAGUCUUUAUAAUUGCAACAUAAACUUACAAAGAAUAACUAAUAAAACAUUUGUAUCACUUGCUAAUUCCAGCUUGCAGGUUCUCAAUCUCACAAAAACAAGAAUCUCUAGAAUAGAAAGUGGGGCAUUUUCCUCCUUGGGGCAACUGAAAAUUCUUGAUCUUGGUCUCAAUGAAAUUAAUCAAGAGCUCACAGGUCAUGAGUUUGAAGGUCUCAAUAAUAUAGAAUAUAUUUACCUUUCUUACAACAAAAAUGUGACUUUGCGAAGUGAAUCAUUUAUUUUUGUUCCAAGUCUUAAACAACUGAUGUUAAGGAAGGUAGGUUGCAAUAAUCUGGCAAUUUCUCCUUCACCUUUUCAUCCCCUACGGAAUCUGACGGUCCUGGACAUCAGCAAUAACAACAUAGCAAACAUAAAGGAAGACUUGCUUGAUGGACUUUACAAACUCAGUAUUCUGGAUCUGCAGCACAAUAAUUUAGCACGACUUUGGAAACAUGCAAAUCCAGGAGGCCCUGUUCUUUUUUUAAAAGACCUUCCUAACUUGCAUAUUCUUAAUUUAAAAUCAAAUGGCUUUGAUGAGAUUCCAGUUCAUGUUUUCAAGGGUCUGCAUCAGUUAAAAAACUUGGAUCUAGGAUCAAAUAAUUUGAAUUUGCUGCCAGCAACUUUAUUUGAUAACCAAAACUCUCUAAAUACAUUGAACCUUCAGAAAAAUCUAAUAACCUCAGUUGAAGAAGAUGUGUUUGGUCCAGCUUUCAAGAGUCUGAGAAGACUAGAGAUGGAUUCCAACCCAUUUGAUUGCACCUGUGAAAGCAUUGCUUGGUUUGCCAGUUGGCUAAAUGUCACUCAAGCAUAUAUACCUGGAUUGCAGACUCAGUACAUUUGCAACACCCCGCCUAAAUAUCACAGUACUCUGGUGUUGCAUUUUGAUACCUCAGCCUGCAAGGACAGCGCUCCAUUCAAGCUUCUGUUUGUGAUCACUACCACUGUUGUGAUGCAAUUCAUUUUCUUUGUUCUUCUCAUACAUUUUGAAGGGUGGAGAAUAGCAUUCUAUUGGAAUAUUUCUAUAAAUCGAAUACUUGGCUUUAAAGAGCUUGACAGACUACAGGAAGAGUUUGAUUAUGAUGCCUAUGUUAUUCAUGCAAGAAAGGACACAAAUUGGGUGCUCAAGAACUUCACCUCUCUGGAAGAAAAUGAGCAAUUUCAAGUAAAGUUUUGUCUAGAAGAACGAGAUUUUGAAGCAGGAAUAUCUGAAUUUGAAGCUAUAAUUAACUGCAUAAGAAAGAGCAGGAAGAUUAUUUUUAUUGUGACUGAACAUCUCUUACAGGAUCCGUGGUGCAGGAAGUUUAAGGUGCAUCAUGCUUUACAGCAAGCUAUUGAACAAAGUCGAGACUCCAUCAUACUCAUUUUUCUUCAUAAUAUACAGGAUUACAAGUUGAAUCAUGCACUUUGCUUGAGAAGAGGAAUGUUCAGAUCUCGCUGCAUCUUGAACUGGCCAGUCCAGAAGGAAAGAAUCAAUGCAUUUCAUCAGCAGUUAAUGAUGGCACUUAAAUCUAAUAGUAAAGUGCAUUGAAUUCAGUUUUCUGAUGUUAGAAAACUAGCAGGUCUUCAGUAAA